UUUCUGGUGGCGGCUACAUCGUGUGAUGAUGUGCUACGUCCGGCCGCAAUUAUACCCUGGUCACAAUACCAGCGUCGAUUAAAGCAAACAGAAGAGAAUCCAGGACCGUAUUUCCCGGAGGUACAAGAAAAGCGACCAACAGUUCAACAAACCCAAAGCAAUAACAGAUGGCAGCCUAUGGACAGAAGCAGUUUCCGGCACAGAAAACUGGGGGAAGUGAAGGCAAACACUCGACAAAAACCUGUGAUUCGGGCACAGCUACGGCAUCGCUUUCCAACGGACAGCAACCCAUCGCAACAGAACCGCUUGAGAUAUCAGCAAUUCCUACGGAGGAAAGAGAUGUCAUCAUCAAAGCCCUAUCAACUACAACAUCUGUCCAGUAAUGUCGAACCAGCAAAACAGCCAAGCCAGCCAUUUUCCGCAGUCUCGAUUCCGAACGGAGUCCCCGUACAUGCCGGAACAUGGGAAGAUGGUCGGCCUCACUACGAAGUUCCCAAGCGCCCGCAGCAACUAGCUGCUGCUACCUUGGGUGCGGUGAAUCCACCAUUGGCACCACUGCCUCAGAACAAUAUUGGAGUUCAGUCACUUGGCACAGGAACGGCAACCGAAGACAAUCUUGUGAAUGCAAUUUUCGCCCAAAGCAAAGCCGGGGCACUGAACCCAAGUCACUCAACUGGUCAAGUUGCACAGGCAGCGGCUUCCGCGGCUACUCAGACGGCCUCGGCAGCUCCGAACCCUUUAGAGGCCCUACUGUCCAACAGCGCAUCACUGGACCAGUUCACGAAAAUUGCAGAGAACAUCCUGAAUUUCGGUGGUAAAGAGGGAUCGAAAGGUCUGCUGGAAACCAUGACAAAUGCUCUGCGUGGUGCUCGCCUUCCACUGCCCAGUGCUUCAUUCUCAGAAGACGGGAAACCAAAACCACAACCAACCAUCAUGGAGACGUUAAUCAACCAAGCGGCAUCUGCCCUGAACCAAUCAAUCAAAGAGAAGGACGAUAAAGAAAAGGAAUUUCGCAUGACGAAGGAUAAAGAGGACUCCCUGAAGUUACUUGAAAACUUACCGGAAGAAGAGCGUAAGCUGCUGCACACAGCCAUCACGUCAGGAGAUUUGGAUGCAGAAUCACUGGGCACCGCAAUAAAAUCUUUGGUGAAGGACGACACGAAAGAAGAUUCAAAGAAAGAGAAGGAAAGCCGGCUACUCGAAUGGAUUCGCGAGAAUCGACCAACAAGCAAACUCCCUGAAAUUACGGUAUCUGCCGACAAACUACCGUACUACGGAAAGUACUGUGGAAGUUUCGCCGAACAGAUUGGUGUCACAAAGAAAUUCAAACCGUCUGGUGCAGUAUGGAUUGCAGAUAACAAACGAUUCAUCAUUUCGAAGUUCUUCUUUCAGCCUGGCUCCCUUCUGUCGGAGAAUGUCACAUUCUGGUUGGGACCACUGAAUAAGACAGAGAAUGUGCUGGCCGAUAUGUUCCCUUCGAACAAUGGUUUCUACGUUCGCCCCGAGCCCAUUGACAUCGCCGCUUUUGCCAUAGAUCAAUUACCACCAAUGGAGGCGAAGGCGAGGAAUGGAUUGGCUAUUUCGAAUUUGUUACUGAAUGGAUUGAAUCCUAUCGAACCAGUCUCGGAAAAAUCAAAGAAGCCUGACGGUCUUUUACGAGCUCGGAGAGAUGCCUUUGAGAAUCCAGAAGCGGAAGAGACUUCAACGAUCGAUGACCGUCAAAAUCAGGUGGACCUGUUGGUGAAGGAUGGCGUCGUUUACCGGAACACCAAUUUGUCGAGGGACGAGUCACAAAGUGUGCUUCACGACGAUUUGAUUUCCGAGAGUUCUACUGAAACACCAUUCAAUACAAUUGGCCCAGCUGGCUUCACAAUACUACAACCAGAGGACGAGAAGAUAAACUAUAGCUACGCUCAACCACUUGAAUGGUACGCAGGCUUCCAACCGAUUCUGCUGACGCUUCCUGAAGGAAUUGUCGCUCAGUCCGUUCACUGGAUCUCAUUACGGGACCAUAAACGCCGUGAGACGGUAGCAUCAGUGUUGUUGCCAAACGGUCCAGCUUUCCAAAUACCCGACGUCGUCCAACUUCGUGGACUGUCUCCCAAUGGUCUAUUCAACAUCAGUUCGGGACCAAUUCGAGUAAUCGAUGUCAAAACGAUCGAGAUUAGUGACUUUGUACUGAGAACGGACUCGAAAGCCGUUUGGUUCAUGAUUGGAAAGGACAUCCUGCCAAAUACCAAUGGGAACAUCGUGCCACUCUAUGACCCUGAACUGAAACUAUUUGAUUGUGAAUCACUACGAGACUAUAAUGGAGAGACGGUACACCUACGGCUUCCUGGCAAUCUCGACAUAAAGGAUGUGUUUUGGUUUUCUGUGUUUUCUAUUCCUGAUGCCGUUUCAUUCUCUCAUAUUUAUUUGCCGUUCAAUGAUAUGCAACUUCCACCGAAUUUGAAUGGCAUACCGUUCGUUGCAAUAUUGAUUCUUUUGUGCUUCCGCCACGAAAUUUCCGAGUUAAAUGUCACCCAGGAUACAACUAUCGUCAACUGCACCGUUGCUAUCAGUUGCCCUUUGUAUCAAACAAUCCUGACAUCAUGCUAA